GGUGAUGGUGAUAGUGAUAGUGAUGGCGAUGACGAUGACGAUGGCGAUGGUGAGAGACGAGAGAAAACCUCUGCGAAGUUCGAUGUGUGUGACAUCACUCUUCAUUGUUGGAGGUUUACGUCAUUCUCGAGUCUGGUCUUAAGUUGGUGCGCGCAAUCUACAGUAGUGUAGCACGCGUACAGACUAGUGGCGGGAAGUGAUAGAGAGAGGAAAGAGGCGAACAAUAGCCGAAUUACAGUCGCGACUGCGCGAAACAUGUUAGACGUAUCGUUAAACAUGUUUUCCGUUAAAACGAAAUUAUCGUUUAUUCGAUAGUGAGUCUCCCUUUAAAUGAAAACCAAUGAUAGAUUAAUCGUACAGGUACAUAAGUAGGAAAAGGAGAAAGGAUAUCGCGUCGAUGAGAACGGAGGAGUGAGGGUGAAAGAAAAAGAGAAGAGAAGGUGCGUAAGAUGGAAAAGGAGAAGGAUACAAAGCGCGACGUUUAACAGUGGUAGCGCUGAUCUGUGAUUUCAUCGACGGUUACUGAUUUCGAGGGAACUCGAUAUGAAUUGAGCGUAGUGUGCUUUCGAAUCGCAAAGAACUUUUCGCGGGAGAGUAAUAUCGCGCACGGUGUCAUAGAUAAUAUCGGGGGAAAAAAAAUAUUUACGAGUAAUGUAAUUUAUUUGCAAUCCGUCGGAGCAGCCAGUGCCUCUUUGACGACGCGUUCUUACAUUUUAAAUAUAACGGUGUAUAAAUAAGUAUGAGCAAUAGCGGGAGUGCACAAUCAGAUCUCUCGCCGUUCAUUUUUCUAAGGAAUCUAAAUUUCAUUGUUGCGUUUCUUCGUUCGUGGUUGAGACUCGUAAACGAAUGCACGUGAAAUGCAGUCGGAACCGAUACUUUUCCCUUUGAAGUUUACCACAUAUGUUUUUCGUGCGUGGGCAUGCAGCACCGAACUAUCGUCAAGGAAAAUUCAAAAUUCUCCUCUGUUGGAUGAUUAAAGAGUAAACUAAUUUUGAAUGAGCAAAAAUUCCUUGUAUAGUCGCACAUCAGUUUGAACAAUGAAGUCUUGUACAUCUUUUCAAGCUUGUGUCAACAGUUCAUAUCGACAAAAUCUAUGGAAAAGAAAGAUACGUAAUGUUGUCACUUGCAUACUGGGUGCAUAUAUACAAAGAGUGGCAACUUACUAAGAAUUAUUUGAUUAUUGGUCCUUUUGCUUAUAUAAUGCUUCAAGAAUUUUAUAUCUUUGUUACUGAAUUGGCACAUUUGUGCAGUGAAAGAACAGCCGCUUCUAUGAGUGCCACUCGUUUGUUACACUGUGAUGGAAAAGGUACUAACAACAAAAGCUCUUCAAAUAGAAUGGCAUAUGAGGUAUUUCUGGGUGGAUCUUGCAAUCCAACCACAUGGAGGUCAGAAAUAGCGAUACCGACUUUACAGAGACUCGGAAUCACUUAUUAUAAUCCUCAAGUAUCGCACUGGGGACCGGAAUUGAUAGCUCAAGAAUACGAAGCGAAGCAAACAGCAAAAGUGUUACUCUUCGUAAUCGAUAAUCAAACACGCAAUAGUGCAGGCAUCAUCGAAGCAGCUCAGUUGGCAGCUACGCGCCGCGAGUCUUUAAUUCUUGUUAUUUAUCCGUAUCGUCAAGGUCAAACGAUACUUGACGAAACUGUGUCUAUUCAAGAAUAUUGCGACCUAAUGAAUGGAUUGCUAGUACUUCAGUAUCUGAUGGAGAGACAAAGGAUACCAAUAUUCGAAAGUGUAUCGGUUGCUCUGAAUUGUACAUCCAAGGUGCUACGCGAGGAAAUUCACGUGCAAGAUCUACAUGCCGAUGAUGGUAUUAGGCCGAUUAAAAUAUCAUUCGGUCAAAAUGGAAUGGAUCUGCUUAUGCUCAGAGAGAUUUUCAGGUCUAUGGAUAUGAAUGACAAUGGAACCGUGAAUUUGGAAGAAGCUUGGAUAGCGUUACAAUCGAAUGUUAAAUGCAACGUAUCGUCGAUGACGGAGCUUCUCAGUGUCGUGAACAAGUCGGAAGCGUAUAGGACGUUGAUAGAUGAUGGAUUUCUAGCAAAGAAGGAUCCAACGGAAUUACGGAUAAACUUUGAACAAUUUUGUGCGUUGGCUACGGAAUCAGCCUGGAGGGUGAAAAGCAACGGCGUCUCUUGUGAAAGUGAGAUACCUUCAGUUUGGAGUAUUUUAUGUAGGAAGGCAUCGAAAUUUCUUCGCAGAGCUAUUGUGCAACCUUUUAACCGUUUCUUAGAUUGGACCAAUUUCUUCGUGCCAGAAUCUGAGAAGAGAGACUUGUACGUUGGAGUAAUCGGUAAAGAUCAGUUUUGGUUAGAAACGACCGCCAUACCCUCGAUCGAAUCUAGUGGAUUGUCUUUGUAUCGAUCAAGCCUGAACGAGUACAAUGUAAAAGUGUUGCCGCAAGAAUUGCAGAGGAUGAAGAAUUCUCGGUUAAUAUUGUUGAUUGUACCGCAACAUUCGCGUGGUAUCACUAUAAUGGCAUUGGCAGCUCACCUCAUUGGUUUACGCGCAAAAUUAGUCCUGUGCGUUCAAACGCUUCCCGAAGACUGCUUAGUUUCUGGUGAAAAGCUAACCGAACAAGCCGUAAAAGACUACAAUCGGGGAAGAAUGUACCUGUCGGACUACGCGACGCGCGAAGUACAUGGCUCUUGGCUCAAACAUCGACGAACAACGAUGGCUUCGCAGGCUAAUGAUCUAUAUCUGGAAACUACCGAUCCCACCAAUACGAGAAAAACAAGAACAGACGGAUUUGGCAAAUUGUUGAUACGAUUUCUCUCAAUCUACUGGAGAUCGUUCGUGAUUACACUAUGGCCGCUGAUUUUGUUACCUAUCGUCGUCGUCGAUACUACCGAGGUAAGAGCGAUGCGAUGCUUGUACGUGGUUGGCUUGAUGGCAAUGUUUUGGAUGACCGAGGUGCUCCCUUUACCAAUCACAGGUUUAAUUCCUGUCGUUCUCUAUCCACUGAUGGGCAUAAUGAAUACCGUCGACACCUGCACCUGUUAUAUGAACGACACUACGAUGAUGUUUAUCGGUAGCAUGGUGAUUGCAAUCGUUAUCGAAAACUCCGGCCUGCAUAUGCGCAUCGCGCUAUUAAUUAUUAAAAUGAUUGGCUGCAGCCACCGAAGACUAACGUUGGGCUUGUUCUGCGUGACCAUGUUCCUGUCCAUGUGGAUUUCAAAUACCGCUGCUACCACCAUGAUGUUACCCAUAGUCGAAACCGUUCUGUUAGAACUUGAAGCACAAGGUUUGGGUAAUAUGUUUGAUCAGGAGGAAAACAGCUGCGGCGAAGAGGGAACAGAACCGACAAAAAAACCGACUCAUACCACCAUGGUUUAUUAUCUCGUGACGGCAUACGCUUCUAGUCUCGGUGGCAUUGGUACGCUGGUUGGGACAGGCACCAACUUGACGUUAAAAGGAUUCUUUGAGAAGAGAUUCCCAAACAGUUCGGGUAUCAGUCUGGCAUCCUGGAUGCUUUACUCUGUCCCACCGAUGCUUCUAAUGGGUUUUCUCACGUGGCUUUGGCUUCAAGUUAUGUACAUGGGAAUGUUCAGACCGGACAGCAAAGAUGCACGAGCCAUUAAUAUUGGGCUGCAAGGAGAAAAGGUUGCAGCAACCGUGGUUGAGAAAAAAUACAAAGAACUCGGUCCAAUUACGUGGCACGAGUCUGUUGUUGGCAUUCUUUUUUUUACAGUUGUACUUCUGUGGUUCUUUAGAAAUCCUGGAUUCACAGAGGGCUGGCCAAGUUAUCUUACUAAUUUACACGUGAAAGAUUCGACAGCGGCCGCUUGCGUCACCAUUCUCUUCUUCGUAUUGCCGUCCAAGCUAGAUUUCCUCCGAGCAUUUGACUCGGAUCCGAUUAAUCGUCCAACCAAACCGUCGCCAGGCAUGAUUAGUUGGAAAAUGAUCAAUCAGAAGAUGCAUUGGAGUUUGAUCCUAGUUUUGGGUGGUGGAUUUGCCAUUUCAGCUGGCAGCACCAGUUCCAAUCUUUCCUCUAUUGUAGGAAAUGCUCUUGUUGCUUUAAAAUUAAUAAAUCCAUUUGCAAUAUUGGUUAUUGUAUGCGUGUUUGCUGAAACUGUGACAGAACUGACAUCUAACGUUGCAGUCGCGAACAUUAUCUUGCCGGUUUUGGCAGAAAUGUGCGUCGCUUUACGGAUACAUCCACUGUUCCUGAUGAUGCCAGCUUCUCUGUGUUGCUCUUUCUCAUUUCACUUGCCAGUAGGCACACCGCCAAAUGCAAUAGCUGUUGCAGCAGGUCACAUAAAAACUAGAGAUAUUGCAAUAGCUGGAAUAGGACCUACCAUUAUAACACUUCUAGUUACAACACUUGCAUUUUCCACUUGGGGCACGUAUAUCUUUAACUUGUCCGAGUUCCCUGACUGGGCAACUUAACGCUGCACUUGUGCGUUUAGUAUACAGCUUAUACAUCAUUUUCACUCGACCAACACUCGAACGAAUGUCAAACACGAGUAGUCGGUUUAUACUAUUACCAAGUAGCAUACGAACUAACGUUAUAAAUAUUGUUUAACAGAAAUAUCAAAUCUACUGGAUUAACGAGAAACAUUACUCGCGUAAUAGCUAAUUGUCUGACUGAAUACGUCAAAUGUAUAAUUUUGAUAACAAUAAGAGAAACGAAAGUUACGACGCAAAAAUAAACGUAGAAAUCAAAAAAAUAAGAGUAAAUGGACUUACCAUCCACAGCUGUGUCAUAACCUAUUGUAUCCGAUACUUCGGCAUUUCCACUCAUGUUGCACUCUUUUCCCUUUCUGUUGUCAAUGUUUAUCGCUAAAAGAAGACAAAAUUAUGUGUGUUAUUACGUGUGCAAAACUGCACGAUCAAAUAGUAUCGAAAUACUGAACUAACCAAAAUUUACGAAUGCAUUUUUCUAAACGAUAAACAACGUUCCCCUUGCAUUGUUUGGUACAAACAUAUUUUUAAAGUAAAAUACCGGUGAGAUCGUACAGUCACAAUCAAUUUUCCUCUGCUGUCAACAAAUUCAUUCUUGCGACAAUUUUAGUUUCAUGAAAACCAACCAUUACGCCGUUAAUAACGAUAACGCGUUCAUCAGUUUUUUUUUCCCCUGAUUGUGCCUGCGGUAGCUGCAGUGCCUACUAAUUAAAUUUUUUAUAUACCGAACGCUCGAUUAAACUCUGAACUGAAAGGUUGAUUUUCAUAAAACGAAAACUUACGAAAAGGCUGUUUGCAAAUUUUAUUCGUUCGUUUUAUCAAAUUCAUUUUUCUAUUACAUAUUUAUUACAUUUUUCUCUUUUACUUACACUCUCUUUAAUACUGAUGAUUUGCAUAAUAUGGAGUUUUUGAAAAAACGAGAAGUGAAAUUUAUUUGUAUUUUAUUUGUUUGAAGCAAAAACAGUGUAUUUUAUUAUUACAACGGAGUCGUUAAUUUUUAGAUGCAUUGCGUCUAAAAAUUGUAACUCGAUAGACGUCCGUGGAUGCGUUAGAUAGGUAGG